UUGAAAGAAAAUAUUUUGGUUUUAAAAACUUUCAUAAAAUAUAAAGAAAGUCUGAAUAUGGAGGUAAGGUGAUGCCUUGAAAGCUGAAAACUAGCAAAUUGAUAUGGAGGAUCACACAGUUGAGAGUUUGGCAGAAGUGUUCAGAUGUUUCAUCUGUAUGGAAAAGUUGCGGGAUGCCCGCCUUUGUCCACACUGUUCCAAACUAUGUUGUUUCAUGUGUAUAAGAAGGUGGCUGACAGAACAAAGAUCACAGUGUCCACAUUGCAGAGCUUCGUUACACUUACAUGAGUUGGUAAACUGUCGCUGGGCAGAGGAGGUGACGCAACAGUUGGACACAUUACAACUAUCAGCACCACCUAUCAGAGUGGAUGAAGUAGAGAGGGACAAAUGUGAAAACCAUAAAGAAAAGUUGAGUGUUUAUUGCUGGACAUGCAGGAAAUGUAUCUGCCAUCAAUGUGCCCUAUGGGCUGGUGCACAUGCGGGCCAUGAGUUUAAACCCCUUGAUGAAGUUUACGAGGACCAUGUGUCUAAGAUUAAUGAAGACGUCUCGCAGCUGAAGAGAAGACACGUUGAACUGAUCAGUCUCGUACAGGAAGUGGAACGUAAUGUUGAAAGUGUCAAAAAUGCCAAAGAUGAGAGGGUGAGAGAGAUCAGAAAUGCUGUAGAACUGAUGAUUGCAAGACUAGAAUCUCAACUUAAGAGCAAGUUAUCAACUCUAAUGGGUCAGAGGAACUCACUUACACAAGAGACUGAGCUGUUAGAAUCAGUUCUACAAGAGGUUGAACACCAACUAAGAAGCUGCUCCAAGAGUGAGCUGAUCACAAAGAGUGGGGAACUGUUAGAGAUGUUUUCUCAGGUUCAUCGUAAACCAAUGGCGUCUUUUGUAACUGCAGCUGUACCUGCUGACUUUAACAGUGAGAUUGUUCCCCAGUAUGACUCCAGUACAUUCGUGAUGAAUGGAUUUAGUAGUCUACAGCAGAAUGCAGAUCCUGUCUACAGUCAACCUUUACAUGUGUCUGGCCUAAGCUGGAGACUAAAAGUUUAUCCAGAUGGGAAUGGUGUUGUAAGAGCCAACUAUUUGUCAGUGUUCCUAGAACUCUCUGCUGGUCUACCUGAAACAUCAAAAUAUGAAUAUAGAGUGGAAAUGGUGCAUCAAGCGUCCCGGGAUUCAAGUAAAAAUAUUGUCCGGGAAUUUGCCUCCGAUUUUGAAGUUGGAGAAUGCUGGGGUUAUAACAGAUUUUUCCGUCUCGACCUACUUGCAAGUGAGGGAUACUUGAACACAGAGCAGGAUAGUCUUAUCCUGCGGUUCCAGGUGCGACCCCCUACCUUUUACCAGAAGUGCCGGGACCAGCAAUGGUAUGUCAAUCAGUUAGAAUCCGCCCAGACACAAUAUAUUGCUCAAGUGAAUGAUCUGAAAGAGAGGCUGGCGAUUGAGCUGUCCAGAAACCAGUCAAAACGUAAUAUGUCCCCAGAGCGUGAGGUUGAGCUAGGGCCAUCAGAGAAAGUGACGUGUCCAGUCGUUUCCUUGGAACUGGACGUAGAGGAUUGUAACACAGAGACUCAGCACAGUGGAACGGAUAGCUUAGAGGAGUUAAGUGAUCAAGAGUCGAAUCCUGAUCAUGACAUCACACAAGGUGACCUUGAGACAGGCCCCUUAGACACACAUGAGGACCUUGAGACAGGUCCCUUGGAGAUUCAACAAGUUGAACUAAAUAAUGAUGAAAACGACGUGGAUGAUGAAACUAUGUCUGGUGAUAAUGAAGCAGGUAAUUAUGAUCGAGAAGUGGAGAGAGGGGCAACAGGCGGAGGUGGGACACCAAAUCUGACUGCUAAAUCAAGAGCUGAUAGUGGCAGUGAUGAAGCAGCUUUGCUGGGUUUGCUUGAGAGACAAGAAAAAGAUGGCACUGAUGACAAAUGGACCCUGCCCUUAAGAACUUCUACCUUCUCAAGUGAGCUACGUCGCUUUGAAGAGUUGUUCCAAAACCGAAUGGCAUCUGGUUCACGACGUACAGGUGCCACAAAACAUUCCGCCAAACCCAAGCCAAAGCUCCAUCUAUCCACAGAGGAUGUGCUAGAGCGAAUUCAGCAACAAAUGUCUGAAGUCGUCGCUGCAACAAAUGCAGUUGUCGACACUAACAAUGAGCCAAGAUCUGCGUCAACUCCAAAGAAAUUCAUUCCUUCUCAUGAUGAUCCAAACCAGUUGGAGGUUCCCGAUAAUGUAGCUGCACCACCAACCCCUCCAAGCCGCCAAUCAAUGGAUGGAGCUAGAAGAGAUGAUGUUAGAACUGCUCAUGACGUAUCAGAUUCACUGGAACAGUUCCCGAUCGACUCUGAUUUCAUGCCCUUAUUAGGUGGCGCUGUGAUGCCUGGAGGUAGGGAUGCGUCAGCAGACGUCUCCUUGGAACAGUUCCCAAUAGGUGACACCUCUGCAGCAGAGGAGGAUCAAUGUAUCCCAUCAUCCAACACUCAGAGACUUGUUGCCAGAAUCAGUAAGCUUAGUGCUGUGGGGGCUAAUGGGCCAACAGAUGCCGAAACUGCGCUAGAGAUGAGAUUCAGUCACCUUGCCAACCAACUAGCCACACAACAUAAGAAAGACGACAGCCAAUCAGCAUCUAAGAGUGAUGACAGGAAGAAAACAAAAACAAAGUCUAGUCACCAAGACAACAGGUCAAGAACACCUAGUCCUUGAGCCCAAGAACAAUAACCAUCUUUACAUGGUACAAGUAACAACAGCUGAAUGCAAUAUGUGAUAACAGCUGUAUACAGUAAAGCUAUAACAGCUGUAUACAAUAACGUGAUAACAGCUGUAUACAAUAAGAGUGACAACAGAUGAAGCAAUACAAGUGACAGAGAACUGUAUACAAUACAAGAGUAUUGCACUUAUGUACAAUAU